UCUGUAUUCUCGCGGUAGAGCACAUAUCUCGUUCUGGUGAAAGAGGGCUACAACAACAAGACCUGUUAACUUUCAAAAUCAAGUGUCAAGCCUUCCAUGUCUGAACCAAAGUCCACAGAGUCCCCAGGUUCUGGCUGUGGUGUUCCAGCCCAGAGAAGCUCACAGCAGGGUCCAGAGAUGGUCUCAGUGAAGCUGGAGGACUGCAGUCAAACACUGGAACUUAAUGUGAUUGUCAAAGAGGAAUGGGAGGAGAGAGGAAUCGAGGAGAUACAAGUAAAAGAAGUUGAUCAGAGAGCAGUCAAAGAGGAGGUGGAGGAGAGAGGAGUGAAAGAAGAAGAGCAGGGGGAGCGAACAGUCAAAAAAGAAGAAGAGCAUGGGGAGCAAACAGUCAAAGAAGAAGAAGAGCAUGGGGAGCAAACAGUCAAAGAAGAAGAGGAGCAGGGGGAGAGAGCAGUCAAAGAAGAAGAAGAGCAGGUGGAGCAAACAGUCAAAGAAGAAGAAGAGCAGGGGGAGCAAACAGUCAAAGAAGAAGAAGAGCAGGGGGAGCAAACAGUCAAAGAAGAAGAAGAGCAGGAGGAGCAAACAGUCAAAGAAGAAGAGCAGGAGGAGAGAGCAGUCAAAGAAGAGCAGGAGGAGAGAGAAGUCAAAGAAGAGCAGGAGAGAGCAGCCAAAGAAGAGCAGGGGGAGAGAGCAUUCAAAGAAGAAGAGGAGAACAGGAAUGUGUCUGCUCCAGAUCUAGAGGAAGAGGAGGAAGUAGAUAGUAUCCCUGACCCAGGAGAGAGCUCCCAUCCAGGCUCAGACAGCGAUCCCAGUACCACAGCAUCAGGAAAACAUAAACGCAGGCAGAGGAACUCAAGACAGAAACAUCACAACAGCAUGGACUGCUUCACUGGUUUCUAUGAACCAGAGGAGUUGAAAAGGCACACGUGUAGGUCCCACCCCUGCUCAGAUUGCAGAGGCAGUUUUAUUUGUCCAAUUCACUUCAAAUCACACCAACAAACUCUCAAAGUAAAGAAAAUGUACCCGUGCGCUCAUUGCGAGAAGAGUUUUCAGACCCCAAGCAGCUUGAAGACGCACCAGCUUAAUCACAAGGGAAAGAAGUCGUACCACUGCUUUCAGUGUGGGAAGAGGUUCUGUCGAGUAGACACCUUAAAGGCUCACAAGAGAAUACACACAGGAGAGAAGCCUUUUCACUGUUCUCAGUGUGGGAAGAGCUUCAGUGAUAUAGGAAAUCGAAAUAAACACCAGAGAAUACACACAGGAGAGAAGACUUACCACUGCUCUGAGUGCGGGAAAAGUUUCAAUCAGUUAUCACAUUUAAAACCACACCAGCUAACUCACACAAGUGAGAAGCCUUUUCACUGCUCUCAGUGUGGGAAGGGUUUCAGUCUGUCAUCAUAUCUGAAGAAGCACCAGGUAAUGCACACAGAAGAGAAACCAUACAGCUGUGAUCAUUGUGGGAAGAGUUUUAAAUUGGAAGGAAUCCUUAAGCGUCAUCAGAGAAUACACAGUGGAGAGAAGACUUACCACUGCUCAGAGUGUGGGAAGUGUUUCAGUUUGUCAUCAUAUCUGAAGAGACACCAGCUAACUCACACAGGAGUAAAGUCACACCACACAGGAAUAAAGUCACAACACUGCUCCCACUGUGGGAAGAGCUUCAGUAAGAAAGCUGACCUAAAGAAACAUCAGAGAACACACACAGGGGAGAAGCCUUUCCACUGCUCCCAAUGUGGGAAGAGCUUUAAUGAGAAAGGAAAUCUAAAGCAACACCAGAGAAAACACUCAGGAGAGAAGCCAUGCCACUGCUCCCAAUGUGGAAAAAGCUUCAGUUGGGUAAUAGACCUAAAGAAACAUCAGAAAGUACACAAAGAGGAGAAGCCUUUCCACUGCUCCCAAUGUGGGAAGAGCUUCAAUGAGAAAGGAAAUCUAAAGCAACACCAGAGAAGACACUCAGGCGAGAAACCGUACAGCUGUGAUCAGUGUGGGAAUUGCUUUAAAUGGAAACAAAGCCUGAAGGAACAUCAGAAGGCAAAGCACAGUGCAGUGCCAGACCAUGGCCUUAUAAUUGUGUUGCCAAGCUGGGCAUCUACAUCUAAUUAAUAUUUACAUUAACCAGGUUUCCAUCUAACCUUUUUGUGUGAGUAAACUUGGCUGUAAGCUUUUCAAAUGUCGACAAAACAAAAUAUGCUUGACAAGGUGGGAUCUUUUUGUGUCUGUAAAGUGUAUUAUGCGAGAAAUGUUGGUGGAAAUGCUUUUAUGUGUUAAUAUUGAUAUAGUAAUCAUCAUAUCAGCAAUCAUCAUAUGGGGCGGCAGGGAGCCUAGUGGUUGGAGCGUUGGGCCAGUAACCGGCGUUGGGCCAGGAACCGGCGUUGGGCCAGUAACCGGCGUUGGGCCAGUAACCGGCGUUGGGCCAGUAAACGGUGUUGGCCCAGUAACCGGCGUUGGGCCAGUAAACGGUGUUGGCCCAGUAACCGGCGUUGGGCCAGUAACCGGUUUUUAUUUGAGUACAUUAAAACAUAAGCAAAAAAUUACAUUUUGUUUGCACUGAAUUUAUAUCUGCAACGAGUCCGUUUGGUGGAAACACACAACUGGUGGGAAAAUGUGCAUAUUAUCUUUAUGUUGAUUUUAGAAUAUUUGCAUGAAAAUCUGUCGCCAAUUGGAUGGAAACCUAGCUAGUGUUGCACAUCGAUGUAAUAUUUGCAAUCUGUAUUCUAGUAUGUUGAAUUAUGCAAAAGAGCAAGAUUUAUGACAACUUAAGACACUACUGAUCGAGUCGAGUCACAAGUCAUGAAAAUCGUGAAUUGAUUACAAGUCAAGUCUGAGUACUGGACUCAAGUACGACAACACUGACAGCCACUCCUCUAUUGGGAAUGUUUGAUUCGUGAAAAUGUAUGUAAUUUCUCUGGUGUUGGUCUGGUCCAGAAACUAACUUCAACUAGACCCCCAUUGUAGAUCUGAAGAAACUGAUAAACAUCUGGUAUUUUUCUUAUUAAAAACAAACCCAUUUUAUUUAUUUUAGCUAAAACCAAAUGUAAUUUUUUGCUCAUGUUUUAAUGUACCCAAAUAAAAACCUAAAGUUCAAUGUGUUUCCAUCACACUUUCAACUCUACUGAUGGUUUUGUUAUAAAAACUGUUGUGUUAAAUUGGCAAGUGCGCUCUAGCCAACAGCUCACAAAUACAGCUAAACUUCCAAACCCUUUAAAUUAGUCAGGUUUGCCUUUAAUAGGUUUAAAUGUCACAUUCAGCUUUGUGUAAUCUUUUUCUGUGUCAUUAUGUUUGUGUUUAUUUGUGAUUCAAUGUCAGCGUUCUGAAACACCAUGAUGUAAAAACUGAAUAUUACCGUACUGUUCAUGCUGCUUAGUGCUAAAUGUGGGCAUCGUUCAGGAUACCUGAUUGUAUUAUCACUACCUAACCUAACUGAAGAGAUUGCAAUAGGUGUAGUAGCUCCGUUCAACCACAAGAUGGAACUAUCGACCCUUAAUAAA